AUGCCGCCUGUACGUUGCCUAUUAACUGUGCCGCACCUCCGUGCGAAGCGGUCGUACACGCUACAAGAUGGGUCCUUGGAAGCGCUCAAGCAAGCAGUCGCCACUUGUCCAGUUCUCGGUAGUCUGGUGGCACUGUCAUCAAGGAAAUUUCAGGUGCUGGAUCCGACAUUCAACGAAUAUGUUGACCUCGCUGCCGAUGACAACAUACCUGAUAUGGCCAAAAUCAUUGUUGACGCCCAACAGGAAAGUGUCGCUGAAGGAGCACCAUCAUGUUCAUCAUCACAGGUAAAUUUCAUAGCGGAAGUGCACAUCAAAGGUCACUUUGGAAACUUGUGUACAGAGCAGACCCAGCCAUCGAGCUCAGAUGAUGACGGGGUCAACUUUGUGAUGCCCAGCCUUGGAGCCCUCCAUGAAAAAGUCAUCAGUGGCGAAGCACUCACGUCUUCUUCUUUUAGACAGAUCACCGACAUCUUAUUUGGUGCAAUGGCAUCCACAACAUUGUUUCCAACACGUCAGUUCUACAACAAGGUGACGUCCCUUCUCCUUGACAAGUACCCACAGCUGCCAGACGUUGGAAGUGGAUCCGACUCCUGGAAAGUAGCACUUCGAAAUAAAUUCAAAAACCAGAGACGGAAACUUCAAGAUAAUCGUGCAUUGCAAAACCGAGAGAAAUUUGGUGCUCAAAGACGAACUGAGGCAGCCGCGAAGGAGCUCCAGCGCAGCAAGAAGCCUAAGAUGGCCAUCGGCCUCCCGAACCUCAAAGGAGAAGAUGAGACUAGUAUCAGCAAACACGAGGAAUGGCUCAUCUUAGAAAGCAAGAAGUCUUUACCAAAUGAGAAGGCGAUGCAAGAAAGAAUGGCCCUAACAGCAAACCAAAGACUUCCUGACCUUGCCAAGAGCACUGUGCUCGAUGUCAAGAUGAAAUAUCCAUACCUCAUGGAAUUUCAACGACUAACCAAGAAGCUAGUUGACCACAGCAGUUAG